AUGGCCUUUCUCAACCAGUUGACCGGCCGUCUGCAAAACUUGAAGGAGCAGGCGCAGAAUUUUGCCGAGCAAGGAGCACUCGGUGCGCAUCUUCAGUCAUUGAAGGAUGGCGCCCCGAAGCUGUUGAAUUCGGCAAUGUCUGCCAAAGAUGAGAUGCUGAAAAAGGUGAAGCUGGAGAGUAUCGGAAAGGUGCUAAAUGUGAGCUCGCUCGGCCGAAAUCAGUCCCCAAUCGACAUCGUGCCCGUGAUAACAGCAUUUGGGGAACACCUACAGAAUGCCGAGUUUAGAGUGGAAUACCACGACCAGGGCGACUUUAAGGCAACGAACACCGGCCAGACGCUGAUGAUCCAGCGCGAUGGCAGCGACGCGGAAUUGGCAAUUUCCUUCUGGCCUGAGGAACAAUUUCACCUGGAAGCUGUCACCUGGCACUGGGGCACCGAGCCGAUGAAUGGCUCCGAACACACCAUUGGAGGCGUCGGUUACGCUGGUGAGCUUCAUCUCAUCCAUCGCAACACCCGAUUCUCAACCUUGGACGCAGCAUUCAAGCAGCCGAACGGAGUGCUGACUAUCGCAAUUUUCUUGAACGAAUCACAUGGCGACAACGCGGCCCUACAACCCUUCAUCGACAUACUGCCAAACCUGAAAUACAAGGGAACCGAGACCCAGAUUACGCACUACAACUUUAAUCAACUAUUCCCGCCAGCAGAGAAAUGCAAGGAAUUCUGGGUGUACGACGGCUCGGAAACGAUGGACCCGUUCCGGGAAACGAACAAAUGGAUCGUGCUCCGCGCAGCGCAACCGAUUUCAAGCAGACAGCUCGAUAAACUGCGCGAAACGAGAAGCGGUGGCUAUGACGAAGAAGCCGAGACGACGAUGCAACCGAUCCGGGCCACGCAACAGCCAAAUAACAGGACGGUGCUCUCGUCGUUCCGAUCUGCCGCCAGCCAGCCCAACCUUGGCUUCAACCAA